UCCAGAACAACAAAAGUCUGUCACCGGAGGAAAUAUCACCAAACGUUGAAUUGGUUCCCUCAACCCGCCGCCUCGGCAAUAAAUUCUCAUUCGCUCUGUUCCACGUGGAGUUUAGAUCAAGCGACUUCGUUGGCCAAUGGCUGAACCCUGAUUAACAUUCUAAGCUGUAUAUUCUCUCUUCAUAGUAUUCACGGCAUGCUGUUACCCAGACAUUGUAAAGCUGCAAAGCGUGUCGGGAUAGCACCAGGAAACACGUGCACGGUAUGGUGGAUUUUUCCCGGGCGGAUAGAUAUUGGUGAGCGAGCAUCUCCCGUGCGAAGCCUCACAGUACUAUCCUUGUUCGAUCGAAAUCCCGUAUCUCAAGACACAUGUUACAGGCAUUUGCUUUGUGAAGUGUGUGUUCCUCGCGAUGAAAACUUCUUGCAAACUGAGAUAAAUGGUGUCAGCAUAUGAUCGACUGAAUGAGAAGGAAACAGACCUCCCACCUGAGUAAAUACGUCAAUGUUAUAGUCGUCAACUCAGGCAAGAGCAAGUAAAGGAUGAUCCACUAAUUUUCUGCCUCUACACGUUGCAAAUUGACUGUGAUAAUCACGUCGUUGUGUUCGAGUAAUGCGUUGAAUACCCAUCGUCUUGUUCCGACCUACUGCUCAAACAGGGACCCCGGUGGCAUCUUAUGCAUCAAGUUCGAGCACAAGGUUCUACUUUCUACCAAAUUCACUUUGUAGUGGCACGGACACUCGGGCACAAUCAGCAAGAGGUCGCAACAAGCAAGACAUCUGCAAUGUUAUAAAUAUAACACCAUCAAACGAUAUGGUGUUUUGAGGAGGGCAUAUAGACACGAGUUGAAUUAUAGGUGUACGAGCAAGUACAAUCUUGUAAAGCGAUUUCCAAUCUGCGAGGAUCGUAGGCGGAACUGAAGCAGUCGUGGUUAGCCAGUGUUAGGUUCAACAUGGAUGUAAUGGGUAUAAACGUCACUGUUGAUUCUCUGAGUGGAAAUAUGACUUCUAACGACACCGGUGAUAAUAAAACCAACUGUUGGAAUGAAUACUGUCAGACUGAAGAAGAAUAUCUGGACGCAAUCAAAGAUCAUGCGUUCCCCAGAGCCUAUGAAUGGCCCAUCAUCAUUGUGUUCACAUUGACCUUCAUACUAGGACUUGUUGGCAACUUCUUGGUGGUGUACGCAGUUUGGAAGAAUCACAGCAUGAGGACAGUAACCAAUGUGUUUAUAGUGAACCUGGCUCUUGGGGACUUCAUGGUGAUUCUUGUGUGUUUACCUUCGACCUUGAUAUCAGAUGUGUCACAGACCUGGUUCCUGGGAUCAGCGCUUUGUAAAAUACUGAUAUUUUUACAGAACGUGUCGGUGUCGGUGUCGGUCCUGACUCUGAGCGCCAUCUCUGUAGAACGAUGGUAUGCAAUCUGCCAUCCCCUAGCGUUCAAGAGCACCCUCUCCCGGGCACGCAACAGCAUCAUCAUCAUCUGGGUUGUCGCUGCAGGAGUAGCCCUCCCGGAACUGCUUGUUGCUGAUACUAGCCCCUAUGACUAUCCUGGAGACUUUCAAACUGUUUACUUGACAACCUGUGGCCCAGCCUGGAUGGAAUGGAAGCAGAUAAUUUACCAGAUCAGUCUUGUGAUUGUCAUGUACGUAUGUCCGUUAGUGUUGAUGGCGCUAACGUAUACCAACAUAGCUGUGGUGCUCUGGCGCAAUGACAUCCCUGGACAGGCUGAGAUGGGACAGUAUUCAAAAGGCAAAAAACCAAUGAUUGAAGGGAAAGGCAAGAGCCAAGAGGACAAGGUGCAAUCUCGGAGAAAAGCAGCCAAGAUGCUUAUCACAAUAGUCAUCGUGUUUGCCAUCUGCUACUUGCCUGUACAUCUCUUUAACAUCCUAAGGUAUUUCAAAAUUUUGGUAGCUAGCAACGUUGAUGUAACGGCAGUUCUUAGCCAGCUGUCGCAUUGGUUGCCAUACUUCAACAGUGCCCUAAACCCUGUUAUCUACAAUUUCAUGAGCGCAAAAUUCCGCAAGGAGUUCAAGUUGGCAUGCUAUUGCUGCCUUCGCCCCUGGUAUAAAACCAAUCCACGCCGACGUGACGGGACGUUCACCAUGACGUUCUCCAACAGCAACUACAGCAACUGCCAUACUGAAGAAGUCACACUCACAAGCUUUAAAGACUGAGCAGGUCUUCCCUUACUGAUUAGCGUGAAACUCCGAAUGCACACCAGUGAAACAAAGAUGAAUCUGAUUUCAAAUUACGGGAUUGAAGACGUCUUACCACUCGAACGAAAAAGCUUAUUUUUUAUGGAAUGUGAAAACGAUGACCCGGCGACAUUUUGUCGAUUCCGCGUAAUACGAUCGUUAACUGCACAUGGUACAGGUGCAAAAGCCAUAUCACUUGUAUUGUCAGAGCUCAGUCAGACACGUCAUUGUUCAUUAGUAUAUUCAUGAACCUUUAAAGACCAGAGGCCAGAAGCAACAUUCAAAGAGACGACGUAUCCGCAGGGACAUGGUCAGUAACGUGUGUAACCUCGGGGUCUCGAUUUCAUUGAACAGGCCUUAUUUACGCUUGAUCCAUGUGACUAUAUUGAUGAUCACGUUCUGUAUGUUGCCGUUAGGCGUUUAGAAAUGUUGACGGGUUAACUGAAACGUCAAUGGACGUUUGCUAAACCAACAACUUUGGUCUUUGUUGAGAAUACUAGUUUAGUUCAACUAUAUUCUUAAAGUAAAUCUCACAUAAAGUUGUGAAUACAUACAUGUAUUUCUCUUUCCAUUUUGCACCACACAUGAAAUAAAUCUGAAAGGUUUUGGUAAAGUCUAUUUGUGUGUGUAACAUAGAUUCUCCGGAUAUAUGAGUUGCAUGCUCAUUCACUUCAUCGUAACGUCAUGGCUGAGAUAUUGCCGAUGUGACGUUGAAAAUUAACUCAUUCACUCUUCACUUGAUCUAGGUCUACAAUACUGUGUUGUGGUGUUCGCGUUACAAAUCCUAUUUUCCAGAAUAAAUAUAAAUAAAUGUAACAAGAUUAGUUGCUUUAAUUAAUAGGAUUAAUAUAUUG